CCCUGUCACUGAUAGCACAAUAGCAUAGCUAGCCGACAGAAGUGCCUGUGCUCCCUGCUUCUGAGGGAAACUACAAAGUCCUGCGCCGGUGGGACACCUGUCAUCAUGGCUGUGUUGGGCUUUAAAUUGUGACAACUGACGACAAGAUGAUGAACGACAUCAUGGAGGAGCCAGAGAAGGACACCCUGCUGGAAGCACAGCCGGAAACUCAAGCUCUGUCGGGGCCCAGUAGUGGAACAAGACCUAAGACCACUGAUGGAGGAAUCAGGCCUGUGGAGAAAAGAGGACCUUACAUCAUGUCCAGAGCUCCAGCAAUCCACCUCAAACUACAGAAACACAGGGAGAUGGCGAGGAAAGCACUGAAGAAGAAAGCCCUCUCACCAGGACCUCCAGUGAUGCAUCAGCCCAGACAAGGAGUUAAGAGGACGGUGAAGUAUAACAAGGGCUACGCUGCUUUGAGUCAGCAUGCCGAGGACAGUUUGGUUGCUCUGGACUCAGACAGUGAUGAAGAGAUCGAUUUUGAGCAGUAUUCCUCAGGAUACUCUUCAGCUGAGGUGCAUCCUGAUUUAAGCAGGCAGCUGCUUCAGGACGGCUACCGUCUGGAUGAGAUCCCCGAUGACGAGGACCUGGACCUGAUUCCGCCCAAAGCCCUGGGCUCCUCUGUGUGCUGCUGCUCCGAGAGCCCGUCUUGCUCCAUGCAGUGAUGUCAGUGCAGUGACUCGAACCUUUAAAAGGCUUGGCUCCAGCUCCUGUCCCUGACUUUAGUCACUGGUGCCUGAGGCCUUCUUUCUAACCCAGGACCACGGUUGUGCUGCCUGUGGACUUCCAGCUUUGAAGCCAAACUCCUCCUCCGUUUGUGCAGGACCGCGUGCACUGAGAGCGCUCGAACACACACAAAAACACGGAGGGACAUAAGAACAAGCCUUAUCCACUGUGACCCCAAAGCUUGACGUAUUUUUUUAUUUUUCUUCUUUUUAUAGAACUACAUCAAAUGCUAAUGAUGACAGUGCUCCAAACGGAGUGGCAGAGUAAUCAUCUGGGAUAUGUCGUCGUUGACCCAAUACAGAGCUGGUUACCUUCUUUUCCGCUCUGGUGAACAGGUCUACAGCCCUCUGAGCGUGACAUGCACACACGUAUGGUGUGUUUUAAUGUUCUGGCACUGAGAGUUAGAAUUUCCUAGUUAUCCCUUCACCAUUCCCUGACUACUGUUGCAUUAACUGGCUAUUCUUUAACUUCAUCUGUUCUCAAAUAACAGCUUCCAUUUAUGACACCUUAUAUGAAACCUAUUCCAAUAUGACAACAAUAACAACCAGUAGGAUAUAUUUUUUAUUAUAAAGCAGAGCACUGAAUUGAAAAUGGAUACACAGUAUAGUGAUUGAGUGAAACCACUUCAUUUCUUUAUGGCUUAUGUGUAAUGAUAGUUAUUUAUGUUGCUGUCUCAUAAGCCUGAAAUUAUGUGUAGAAGAUGAGCCUGGCCCAGGAUUAUGUUCUACUGGUUCCAUAGUUUUUGUGUUUGAGAGGACAGAGUUGUACAGGUACAAGUGGUCAACAGCUACAUACCAAGAAAGACUCACUGAUCCUCUGCCUGUAGGAGAUAUACUCGGAGAGAAAAGCAUGAUGAAAAGUUACAAAGCUACAAAGUUAUGGACUGUUUGAAAGAGUAAUACACCUGUUGUAACUGUUACACUGCUGCAUAUGGCACGAAAUGUAAGCAGACACGUUACUUUAAUGCUUCAAUAGAUGAACCAAUGACAUUCUUACAAUCUCUGUAUUGUAGAAAUAAGAUUCAUUCCAGUAACCAGAAAAAAAAAUAAUAUUAUAGACUUAAAAUCAAAAUACAUUCCCACAUAAGUCAUCUGAAGACAUUUGUUUAUGUGUUUAGAUUGGCACAUGUUUCUAAUUUAAAUUCUAAGUGUAUUGAUAUGCUUUAGAAAACAAUUUGGGAUGGAUAGGAAGAAUUCAAAAAUAUAUUUACAUUCAUUUCUUUGUUGUUUUACCAGGAUGGAUAUGUAGCAUUUUGGAAUAGAACCCUGUCUAGGAUCUGAUAACUCAUCUGUAACACUUCAGAGUGUUUUAUUUAUUUAUUUACUAUUAUAUUUGUUGGGGACACUAAACUAGUUGUAACAACAGGUUAAAAACAGUAAACCUGAUUUACAUAUUUCAGUUUAAACUAUGUUUGAAUUGAUUAUUUUGUGUUAUAAAGUGUCUUUUGUCUCCUACUCAACAGACACAUGGAUGUGCUGAAAAUGGCAAUCCUUAGUAAUAUAUAUAUAUAUUUCUAGAUUAUUUUCUUUUCUUUUUCCACAAAAAAUAUAUCAGUUCAUUUAUGUUACCGUCUGGGUCAUAUUUUACUAUUAAUUGAUGGUGUUUAUUUUGAAAUUGUGCAUUAACGAAAUGUCCACCAUCAGAGUAAGUGACAGUGAUCACUUUCUCAGGAGAUAUGUGUGCGUGUGUGCAACUAGAAAUGAUUUGCUUUUCACAUAAUGUGUAAAAAACUAAAAUUGCACAACUGUUUAAGUGCAUAGAGGUUUCAAGUCAGGAUAAUUGUAUGGCUGCUGUUUCACUUAACCUGCAGACCACACUGUUAUUUCUCAUGCUGUGAUGUUGGUUGUUAAAAAAGGCGUAACUCUCGCUCAUAUAUAUGAAUGGGAUAGCAGACCACUUGACCACCAUAAAGAAGUUGAGGACUGGAAAGAGUAGGAACCUUGAUUUGUCCUUCACAGUCGGGAUCAAUUCACACAUUCAAAUUCAGGAAGCUGAAUUUUCUUGAAACCUUUGCAAUGGAAAUGUUAAAAAAUGUUACAUUCUUUACACAAGUAAUGUACAGUAUCUCCUCACAGCAGUCUGUGGUUGUAAUGUGGGUGAUUUAGGAGUAAAAGCUGAUUCUACUCUUUCACUAAGUGUGAGUCACUUGAUACAAGUGUGAGGUAAAUGCUUUAAAUGUAACAGCUGAAUUUAAGGUGUGUUGACCCCGGCCCUGGCUCUGCACGAUGUUUUUAUGUACACUAGUAUUGCACUUAACACCAGUGGUCAGUAGCAAGUACACUUGACUCACCUGUACUAUGCAACUAUUGGGACAAUCUGCUUGUUAUACAACAAUAUAGUGUUACUGAGUGCUAGAGGCAAUAACUUAAUUAUUUUAUAAUUGUAAACACUAGUCUUUUUUUAUUUGAUUGUACUGUUUAUUGGUUUACAUAACUAAAUAAAAGUAUUA